AUACUAUCAGUGUAUUAUUGUGGUGGAGCUUUUCAAGGAUUCACACAAAUAAGCCUCUGUGCUCUACUUACAUCAGGCCUGACUCUCUCCCACGCAGAAGCAGGAUGCGUUUGGUGUGUGCUUUGGGUCUCUUUAUGACCCUGCUACAUCUGUCUACCUCUCUGCUGCUGGGAGCCUUCAACAUCAAGUCAUUUGGAGACAAGAAAGCGUCCAACACCACUCUGAUGAACAUCAUCAGCACGAUUGUCCACCGCUAUGACAUCAUUCUGAUCCAGGAAGUCAGAGAUGGCGAUCUGUCAGCGACCAACAAACUCAUGGAGCAUGUCAACAAAGGUUCCCCUGAGUUCAGGUACAGACACAUCGUGAGCGAGCCUCUGGGCCGCAGCUCCUACAAGGAGAGAUAUCUCUUCCUCUACAGGGAGGACACGGUGUCCGUGGCUAAAAACUACACCUACGACGACGGAUCCGAGCUCGGUGGGACAGACACCUUCAUCAGAGAGCCUUUUGUUGUCAUGUUCUCCUCCAAAUAUACCGCUGUGAAGAACUUUGUCCUGAUCCCUCAGCACACCUCUCCAGACUUCGCAGUGAAGGAAGUGGACGCUCUCUAUGAUGUGGUGACUGAUGUCCGCACUCGCUGGAAGACCAAUGACAUUGUUCUGCUGGGUGACUUCAACGCAGGCUGCAAUUAUGUAUCAGGCUCCGACUGGCAGAAGAUCCGCCUCUUCACAGACAAGAGUUUCCUCUGGCUGAUCACCGAUGAGGCUGACACCACGGUGUCACACACUAACUGCCCUUACGACAGGAUCGUGGUCACUACUGACAUGAUGAAGGGAGUGGUGCAGAGGAGUGCUGGGGUGUACGACUACAUGAUGGACCUGAAUCUCAGCCACCAGCUGGCAUUAGCCGUCAGUGACCAUUUCCCUGUGGAGGUGAAGCUGGUUAGGCAACCGUCCCGCAGGUCUCCGGCCUGAAUCAACAUGAUGAUUAUUCAGUGAAGGAACUCUCGCCGACCAAAUCAAAAAUAAACAAAUUUGCCAAAUUAUA